AUCUGCGCUGUAAGUGUAAGAACACGACCAAACCACGCAACCCAUGUGACAGUGAAGUCAUAUGAUUAGGAAGUGAAGCUUGGGAGUCAGAAUCUUGAGAGCGCUACUGCAAAGAGAACAAAUUGCAAACUGUACACUGAUCACCAGGGUUGAGCCUUGCUACCGCGGCCGAGCUCGAAGGGACCCGACAAUAAGAUUUUAUACAAAUGCAGGAAUUUUUUCUGGACACAGCUUUUUUUAAGGAGUUCCUGUCAUUGAGGCAGAUCUGCUUUACUCUAGAGGAAGGUUUUAAAUCAAGUUGAAGAUUUGAGUCGGGAGUUGUUUUCAAAGGACUGAGUAAAUUAGUUUCAAUCAUGGUGGAUUUUUUGGCUGAAAACAAUUUGUGUGGUCAAGCAGUCCUUCGGAUUGUGUCCUGUGGAAAUGCAAUCAUUGCAGAACUUCUCAGACUUUCAGAAUUCAUUCCCAGUAUCUUCAGAUUGAAAGAAAAGACUGAUCAACAGAAAUAUGGAGAUAUCAUAUGUGACUUCAGUUAUUUUAAGGGCCCAGAGUACUAUGAAGGAAAGUUGGAGGCCAAGCCAGAGCUUCAGGAUUUAGAUGAAGAAUUCCGUGAUAAUAACAUUGAAAUACUGUCACGCUUUUAUUUUGCGUUUGAAAGUGUUCACAAGUAUAUUGUUGAUUUAAACAGGUAUUUGGAGGAUCUUAACGAAGGUGUUUACAUUCAGCAGACAUUAGAAACUGUACUGCUAAAUGAAGAUGGAAAACAGCUUUUGUGUGAAGCUCUUUAUUUGUAUGGCGUCAUGUUGCUGGUUGUUGACCAGAAAAUAGAAGGAGAAGUCAGAGAGAGAAUGUUGGUGUCUUAUUACAGAUACAGUGCUGCUCGCUCAUCUGCAGACUCCAAUCUGGAUGAUAUCUGCAAGCUGUUACGCAGCACAGGGUAUUCAAGUCAGCCAGGAGCCAAACGUCCUCCAAACUAUCCUGAAAGUUACUUCCAGAGGGUACCCAUCAGUGAGACCUUCAUCAGUAUGGUGAUAGGCCGUCUGCGAUCGGAUGACAUCUAUAAUCAGGUUUCAGCUUAUCCUUUGCCAGAACACCGCAGCACUGCGCUUGCCAACCAAGCUGCCAUGCUCUAUGUUAUCCUGUUUUUCACACCUUCUAUUCUCCACACUCAACAAGCCAAGAUGAGGGAGAUUGUGGAUAAGUAUUUCCCUGAUAAUUGGGUUAUUAGUAUCUACAUGGGGAUCACAGUUAAUUUACUGGAAGCUUGGGAACCCUAUAAAGCUGCCAAAACUGCACUUAAUUAUACACUGGAUCAACCAAAUAUCAGAGAGCAGGCGAGUCGAUAUGCUGGUAGUAUUGAUCGGUUGAGGCCUCAGUUACAGCAGUUUCUAAAAGAAGGCUUCCUGAGGGAGGAGAUUGUGCUGGACAAUAUUCCAAAACUGUUGAACUGCCUUCGAGACUGCAAUGUUGCCAUCCGCUGGCUGAUGCUUCACACAGCAGAAUCAGCUUAUGACCCAAAUAACAAAAGAUUGCGUCAGAUAAAGGAUCAAGUUAUCAAUGACUCCAAAUACAGUCCCAAGAUUCUCUUCCAGUUACUGUUGGAUAUUGCUCAGUUUGAGUUUGUUCUAAAGGAGAUGUUCAAGCAGAUGCUGUCUGAGAAACAACUGAAAUGGGAAAGCUAUAAGGAGGAGGGUUCAGAGCGAAUGACUGAACUAGCUGAGGUGUUCUCUGGGGUAAAACCCCUUACUAGAGUGGAGAAGAAUGAAAACCUCCAGGCGUGGUUCAGAGAGAUAUCAAAGCAGAUCUUGUCUCUGAACUAUGAGGACUCCACGGCUGCGGGGAGGAAAACCGUCCAGCUGAUCCAGGCUUUAGAAGAGGUGCAGGAAUUUCACCAGCUGGAAUCCAACCUGCAGGUUUGCCAGUUUCUGGCAGACACUCGGAAGUUCCUCCAUCAAAUGAUUCGCACUAUAAACAUCAAAGAAGAGGUGCUGAUCACGAUGCAGAUCAUUGGAGACUUGUCGUAUGCUUGGCAGCUCAUCGACAGUUUCACAUCAAUCAUGCAAGAGAGCAUCAGAGCAAGUCCAUCCAUGGUGACAAAACUGAGAGCCACUUUCCUAAAGCUUGCCUCAGCUCUUGACCUGCCACUGCUGCGGAUAAACCAGGCAAACAGCCCUGACCUCUUGAGUGUCUCCCAGUAUUACUCCGGGGAGCUGGUUUCCUACGUCAGAAAGGUGUUACAAAUCAUUCCUGAGAGCAUGUUCACCUCUCUGGCUAAAAUUAUAAAGCUGCAGAUCCAUGACAUCAUGGAAGUGCCAACACGGUUAGACAAGGACAAACUGAGAGACUACGCUCAGCUGGGUGCUCGCUAUGAGGUUGCCAAGCUUACACAUGCGAUUUCCAUUUUCACUGAAGGAAUUCUUAUGAUGAAAACUACCUUGGUUGGCAUCAUAAAGGUGGACCCUAAGCAGUUAUUGGAAGAUGGAAUAAGAAAAGAGUUGGUUAGAAGAGUUGCAUUUGCUCUUCAUAAGGGUCUCAUCUUUAAUCCUAAAGCUAAGCUUCAGACAAGUGAACUAAUGCCAAAACUAAAGGAGAUGGCUGCUACUAUGGAUGGAUUCUAUCGUUCUUUUGAGUACAUCCAAGACUACGUCAGCAUCUACGGAUUAAAAAUCUGGCAGGAAGAGGUUUCCCGCAUUAUAAACUACAAUGUUGAGCAGGAGUGCAAUAACUUCCUGAGGACCAAGGUUCAGGACUGGCAAAGUGUUUACCAGUCCACCCACAUUCCAAUUCCUAAAUAUCCACCUGUGGAUGAAUCUGCAACAUUUAUUGGUCGGCUUUGUAGAGAGAUUCUGCGAAUCACAGACCCCAAAGUGACCUGCUACAUAGAUCAGAUGAACACGUGGUAUGACAUGAAGACUCAUCAGGAGGUCACCAACAAUAGAUUAUUUUCCGAGAUCCAGGACACCCUUGGAACAUUUGGUUUGAAUGGCCUAGACAGACUUCUCUGUUUUAUGAUUGUGAAGGAACUACAGAAUUUUUUGAUCAUGUUCCAGAAGACAGUUCUUAUGGAUAGAAGUGUGUUAGAUACACUAAAGGCAUUAAUGAAUGCUGUAAGUCCUGUGAAAGGAAUUGUGGGGAAUGCAAGCAAAGUCUACUCUACAGCUGUUGCAAAAACACAAAAAAUCUGGCCCUCGUAUUUGGAAGCGAUCCUAAAGGUGGGUCAGAUGCAGAUAUUAAGACAGCAGAUUGCUAACGAAUUGAACUACUCCUGUAAGUUUGACUCUAAACAUCUAGCAGCUGCUCUAGAGAACCUGAACAAAUCUCUUCUGGCUGAUAUUGAAGCUCAUUACCAGGACCCCUCACUGCCAUAUCCAAAAGAAGACAACACUCUUCUGUAUGAAAUAGCAGCAUAUCUGGAAGCAGCAGGUGUACACAAUCCUCUGAAUAAAAUCUACAUAACAACGAAACGCCUGUCGUAUUUUCCUAUAGUGAACUUCCUGUUUCUCAUCGCCCAGUUGCCAAAGCUGCAUUACAACAAGAACCAAGGAAUGACUUGUAGGAAGUCCACAGACCCAAUAGACUGGCCUCCGUUGGUUCUGGGGCUUCUCACCUUGCUGAAGCAGUUCCAUUCAAGAUACACAGAACAGUUUUUGGCCCUAAUUGGUCAAUUUAUCCGUUCUCUGAUGGAUCAGUGCACAAGUCAGAAGAUUCCAGAAAUGCCAUCUGAUGUUGUUGGGGGUCUCAUGUUCCUGGAAGAUUAUGUUCAUGACACAAAACUACCUAGAAAGGUUGCUGAAGCCCAUGUUCCAAGUUUCAUUUUCGAUGAAUUUAGAACGAUUCUGUGAUCCAGAAGAAGACAUCAGAUAAAGAACUUGUCGUGAGAGACAGCAGAUCCAGUUUAUGGAUGAGCUUAUGGGAUCUUCACGUACUAAUACAUUUAAUGAUGAGCUUAUGGGAUCUUCACGUACUAAUACAUUUAAUCACUAAGCAGUUACAUUUCUAACAAAUGUGCUCUAUUAGGAAAGUGCAUACGUCUUGUUUUGCAUAAACUGUAUAAUUUACAUAGAGAACUAAUGUACACAAUACUAUUAAUUUGUUCAUGUGCUAGAAUUAAAGUGGUUUUGCACAAAACAAUAUUUUGUUUUAGAAUAACACUGUAUUAGUUGUUUAUAAGCAAACAGACUAGUAAGGAAUUAUCAAGUACCUGUAUUGCCAGCAAAUAAAUUUGUUUUGAUAACUUGCAGUAUUAAACUGUCAGACAGCUGCUUUUAUAUUGUGUAAUUUGUGUAUAUUGCAUGCAUGUUCAUUCUUUAAGUAAUUUUGCCAUUUAGGCCUAACCAAUACCUGCAAUUUAUUAUUUUCAUUGUUAACAUCCUGACAACAUCCUGACAACUUUUUACACUUAUAACGUUAAAGUCGGUUUCAAAACUAUUUUCAAAAAGUAAAAUGACAGGUACGUUAUUUAAACAGUUGUAGCAACAUGUGUGGACUUAUACGUAGAUCAUCACAUCGAAUGUUGUAUUUGUUUUGAAACAGAGACAGUGUUUUAAAAUUAAAAGGAAGAAUGUCUCACUUGAGUCUUUUAAAUACAUUAAAGAGUAGCACAUCAACCCAGCAAAUACUUUAAGAAUAGUACAUAAACCAAGACCAGAUGACACAAUUGGAAAUUAAAUGGGGGUAGACAUCGGACUGAGGAUAGUAAACGCUUGUUAAAGCAUUGAAUUGGUUACCUAUGGGAUACACAUUGAUUUUGUUUAAAUAUUUCAAAUGUAUUUGAUAUUAUUCUAAAUUAAAUACCUAAAUUA